AUGGUCAAAGAAGAGGUCUUCAACGUCGAGGAUAACCCGUACAGUCGGGUUACUCCUGAGCAUCUGCCUGAGUGUCUCAACGCCAAGACGAAGCAGCUUGAGCUGGCCAAGGCCAUGGCCAACGUCUUCAGCGAACAAGGCGCCAAAGCAACAGAUGCCACCUUUUGCAAGCACCAGGGAGUUGACAGCAAGACUGUCUUCGUUUCCAUGAACGAAGGAACCGACAUCGUCAUCCAGUUCCGCCUCCGCUCUCUCGACACCACGCCCUUUGAGCGCGCCAGAAGCUGCCCCGGAUUCGACCGAUACGUCCCCAACAUCCGCCUGGUCGCCGUCAUCACCGACCCGCUAGACUUCAACAAGAAGUCCUGGAUCUACGCAUCCAACCGCAUUGUUGGCAAAACCUGGACCCAGGUUGUCCAGGAGCAGGGCGUCCACAUUCUCCCAAGCUAUGCAACUCGCUCGGUCGCGCCCUGGCCCAAGGCUACAUCCAGGACAAGAGCCAUGAAGCCGUCGUGA